CGAAUAAUUUACCAUCCUCGGAUUACCAGCUUUUCUUGCACCGGAUGCCACACUCCAUUAAGGAAUAGAAUUAUAGUCCAUUCAAAUCGUUCAGUCAAGUUCGAGCUUUGGAAUGAAAACACGCAAGUCGGGAUUCUGGAUUCCGAGGUCUUGUGUAUGGGGUUCAGCGUCAACAACGUAUUUUAUGCAAACGGAUGGAAUGGCCGACUCUGCAGUAGAACUGCUGAUGUCACAAAGGAGAAGAAGAUUCUUUUCGUCCUUCUUCUUCUUUUCUUCUUCCAAGCCGUAAGUAACUCUCAGUGUCUCAUCUCUGGAACUUGAAGUCUGGAUUGAUUUCUUGGCAUUGGCGAAACGUUUGGCCGUCCUUCAACGAGACGAAGGCCUGGAUAAGUUCUCCAGAGAUUAGAAAUCCUUCCUGUUCUUUAAUUUCCAAAUUACGUUUCAUGAAGGCCAUUGCAGGAUAAACAGGAAGAAGGUGUGAAGAAUUUUAAGGAGCUGUUCUUUCAGCACUUAUGGAAGGCCGCAGAUAUUCUGGCUAUCUAGCCGACGAUGAGAGCUUCAGAAGACCUCAGGAUGCCAACGCCCACACCAGUCCAAGAAGAGAUCCCUGCGACUGGAGGGCUAUGCUUCGGCCUCCGUCGCGCUGUCAGCACCGAACCCAGCAGCCAGCCACGUCCACCAGGUACUUCAACAGCUACUCCCAGGGAGACCAAGGGAAACGGAAACGCCCCCAAAGCAGCAGUAGCAGCGGCAAUGAGAGAACCAGCGACCUGGCCAAUGAGUUUUCUGAAUUCGUGGACUUCUUAGCUGACGAGGACGUCCUGCAGAGCCUUCAGCAGAUUGUGGAAGACGCCGUCCAGAAGCUCCGCGACGUGACGUCCCAAAGCGGGGAGCCAAUCUUUGACUUCCAGGAGGAAUCUGCCUCCAGCGUAGAGAGUGAGACGUGGUCGUAUUCCUACAGUUCAACGUGUUCCCAGUUCAAAUACCAAACCACGACCACCAUGUCCACCAUGUCCAGCUCGGACGAUGACCAGGAAAAGCACUUUAUGAGCCCGGAGUCGUCAAAGAUAGGGGGCAAAAUUUGCCUCUUGGAUAAAUAUGUCUCCAGGCUCCCCAAAGUUGGAAAGCAAGCUGCUCAGGAACUGUCAGGAGGAAUCCAUGCUGAGUCGUUUUCCGAACAGUCGGGAGAAAGUUAUUUCCAACAGCAACAUUUGCACAUCUGGGCUAAAUCGUUCGAGCAUCCCCGGAGGGAGUUCUUCGCCAAGUUCCAGAGAACCUUCCCUCAAGAUUCAUUGUCUUUCGAAUCACUCCACAAGGAAAUCACCAACGUCUUGAAACGGCCGAUGCGACAUGGCCCUCCCAUGCAUUACAUCUGUCACGACCACUUGCAUGCCUUCUUGGAAGAAACCAAGGUCUUGGCCGGUCUCCAGGACGUCAUCAACCAAGCAGUUCUCAAAGUUUUGGAGGCCACCAUGUUGGGGGGGAUCCCGUUCCUCGAUCUGUCGGAUGACCAUGGGUACCCUACGUCCUGGGAUUCCGAGGAGGAGGAAGAAGAGGAGUUUAGCGUCUUGGAGAGUUACGAAAGCGAAGUAUCCGAGGAAUCUGAAGAACCCUCAGAUGGGAUCUGCAAGAGGAAGGGGAAGAAGAAGAAAGCUGUCUCAGAGGAUGGGAAACCUGAUCUCCCCAAAUCCAAACAGAAGCCCGCGACUCCGGAGGAAGGUGCUCGCAAGCCCAAGUACGUCCCGCCGCCGCUCUCCAAAACAAAGGAAACCCCAACCAAGACAAGAUACGUCCCACCUCCCCUCCCGAAAUCAAAGAAGAAACAAGAGCCAAGCCAGGCCGAAACAGAGACAACCAAAUCGACAAGGCAUGCCAUCACUCCAAAAGACAUCAAACGGGCCCGUCUUCAGGGCAAACCCGUUCCGAAGCAGUCCAUCAUCGACUUCUUGAUCGAAAAUGCUGCCAAGCUGAUCUUGUACAAGUACAAUUACGAAACCCUCCUUUCUGAGAAACUGGGUUUCAUCUCGGUCCCGGUUACCAAGGUUCUUCUGGAGAUCAUGUUUGGCUACAAGAAAAUCAAGGGCAGCGGGAUACGCCUGUCUUCUCAGAUUGACUGGACCAAAGUCUACGACGAGGUCUACAAGAAGCGGCCCCCCAAACCCAAAGUGCCCAAACAGGAGAAGAAGAAGAAAGGCGAAGAGAAGAAAGAGAAGAAAGCUGGGGAGAAGAAAAAAACGGACGAGAAGAAGAGCUUGCUCAUAAAACCACUAGACACGCCCAAAGGAAAAGUGAUCGGCACGAAGGUGGCUGGAGAACAUGGCACCAAAAAACAUGGCUUAUCGGAGCAAGGGGAACUGGAGAUCUUUGAAAUCGUCCCUCCCCAGUUCCCAUCUGAUGCUGAACCGGCCUCUGCCGAUGAGAAUAACGGCACCCAACCGACAAGCUCGAAGUUAUCUCCUUCCAGUACCAUGACGGGGGAUCAUCCUAAGAAAUCAGGAAUUCAGGAAUUGGAGAAAACGCCUUCAUCUCUUGGUACUCCAAAGCAAUCGUUCUCCAACCGAAAAGUUACCUCUGCUGUUCUGUUACCAGAGGUGGAUCCCACCAGCCAGGGUUCCGAAGUAAAGGGGAAUAAAACUCCGAAGUCUAGCUUAGCUGUAGAAGGGAGCAAAACCGUGCUUCCUAAAAUCUGAAAUUCAGCUUCUGUCUGAUAAAUAAAGGAUAUACGUUUCUCUACGGUCCUGUGAACGUCAGAUCAGUGCCUUCCCCUCCACCGAAUCUAACCAGUAUCUCGUCCGGAAGACGACCAGCCUGUUGAACUUUCCAAUAUUUUGAGUUUUUUGUUUUUUGUUUAUUCAUGAAAUGUUGAGUUUUACUCUUCAGAAUUGAUCCUCUCUUCCCUCUGGUUAGAGAUGUCUUGCAUUAAAAAGCCUUUUUUUUC